UACAGCUUUUUGUAGCCUGGAACGCUGAAAUUUUAAAUUUCACUCUCAUAAUUGGCCUUAGAAAAAGAAAAAAAAAAACCCCAAAAUUCCAUAUAUGGAUGAAGCCAGGAAAUACAAGUUGUCGACGAAUCUAGCAUCUCAAUAAUCUAAGAAAAGUAAUCUAAAAAAAAGUCUUCUCUCUCCUCACCAUUUGAGUACUUGACAUAAUUUGUAAUUUAGAGGUGAAUUAUGAGAUGGAGUCAGAGUCAUGUUGGGCUUUCAAAGAAGAAAAUCUAAUGUCAUUUAAAAUGUGUACAUCACAAGAAUCUGAAGCAGAAGCUGAGGCGUCCAACAUCAAUCGUGCAGAUGUAGAAAAACGAUACAUUGGAGUAAGAAAGAGGCCAUGGGGGAAAUAUGCAGCAGAAAUUAGGGAUUCCACACGGCAUGGAGCGAGGGUUUGGCUGGGCACAUUCAACACCGCGGAAGAGGCUGCUUUAGCGUAUGAUCAAGCUGCAUUCGCGACGCGAGGCGCCUCAGUCCCCCUCAAUUUCCCCAUUGAGAGAGUGAUGGAAUCUCUCGAAAAGAUCAACUUUAGGUGCGAGGAGGGCUCAUCGCCCGCAAAAGCCCUAAAGAUGAUGAACGCUUACGCCACCACUAGAAAGAAGCCAGUUGAAGAAGCAGAGGAUAGAGUGGUUCUUCAAGAUUUGGGAUCUGAUUUGUUGGAUCAGCUUUUGUCUCAGAGCUCUACUACUACUCAAUUACCAUCAAAUCAUCAAUACUAGCUACCUAAUUGAUUUCUUGUGAGUAAAUCUCUAUAUCUUAUCUUCAUUAAUUAAUUUGCUGUUUUCAAUUCUUUGAACCCUAGAUCUUUGUCGACCUUCGAUCUGUCAAAUAAAUAAAUUAAGGGACUGGAAUUUGCUUCAAA